UCAGCCUCCAUGCUAAAUUCUACCUAACAUUCAAGUUACCUCGAUUCCUGUAAUAAAGAUAGAUCUAGUGAACUGAUAUCAUUUUCACAAUGUUGGCAGCUGCUGUUAGGAACACCAGUAGGUCACAUUCAUGGAGGUGUAUGAGGUGCUUAUCAGGUCAAACACCACCACAAAUUCAAGGUUUUUCAUCCGACACUGUAUCAACACCUACUCGCACCCAGUCAUCCCAGUCCCAACAACAUAGAGAAGACUUUAGAACCAGUGAAAGUGAUCCACUCAACCACACAUCCAGACAUAUCGGCCAGUAUUACACCAUCCCUCUAAAAGAUGUUCCCAAGGUAUUCCCCAUUGGAUACUCAGCCAGAUGGCAUAAACUGCUUAGACCAUUUCAAGAGGCUGCGAUCAUGGUUCGUAAACCAGCUGUUGAAAUCAUGGACUUAAUGCGGCAGGCCGACUACACCAAUCCUCCGAUCAAGUAUCUGAUGUAUGGUAGGAAAGGGAGCGGCAAGACAACCUGUCUCAAUCAUGUGCUACACUUCUGUCACAAUCAAAACUGCCUCAUAGUUCACAUACCCUGUGGUAAGUACCAGAGACUUUCAAAUUCCUGGAACGUGAACAACAAGUGGGAUUUCUUGGAUUCUGUUUCUCAUGAAGGGAUGUACGACCAGCCAGCUUUGUCUUCGGAAUGGCUGAAGCACUUCAGGUCCAGGAAUGAACACUUUCUCAAAGAGAUCCUGACAAGUAAAUGCUACGAGUGGAGUAAAAGAGAACAAACGGAGGCAGGACAGCCUCUCCUUUCAGUAAUUGAUCAGGGUUUGAAUCGUCCUAAGAAUGCAACGGAUGUGAUUGGUGUUGUGUUGAAAGAACUUCAGGAGCAGAGUUCCUCAGGACAGUAUCGUCUGAUCCUAGCAGUCAAGGCUGUUAAUGGUCUCUUUGCUGAGAUGACCAACAUUAGGAAACCUGGAGGAUAUAUAAUUCCUGUGAAUGAGCUAAGGAUGGCAUAUCACUUCAAGAAGAUGCUGAAAGGACAUUGGACCAAUGGUGCUAUCAUCAUGACAGUUGACCAACAUAACUGCCAUCAAGCUCCUAAGUAUGACUUCAAACCCCUUCAUUUGCUACAAAAACAGGGCUUUGAGUGGCUAGAUCCCUUUGUACCUAUUUACGUUGAGAACUACAGUGAUAAGGAGUUUGAGAGUUGUAUGCAGUAUUACAUUAGCAAAAGAUGGGUCCAAACAGAACAAGCCAAGACAGAAGAAGGCAAACUCCAUCUGAAGCUGUUAUCUGAAAGCAGCCCUGGCUCAUUAGAAAGAAUGUGUGCUUCUAUAUGAACAUUAAAAAACUAACUUGAAAAUUCGACAAACUCGACCUGAGCACAGAUUAGACAUGGAAGACAAUGGAUGGCUAUGGUGUAAGCCAAAGAUCUUUAAGAGCCUUGCAAAGUUUCACUUCAGAUCCAGAGUACAGAAACAAUACUUGGUCGUCUUCAAACUCUUUUGCUAUUGGGUUUUGCUGCUGUUGAUGUAUUGGUGUUUUUCAACCAUACAUUAACCUGUUGGAGCCUGCAUGAUUCCUCUAUAACACACGUUUUCCAUAGAUUCCAGCAAGCAUAUAUGUGAGCUUAGUCUCCAAUGGCUUAAAUUGGUGUCUUGAUUAUGCCUAUUUUCGGUUGGUCAAUGCUCUUGCAUUCUGACAUAGCAACACAUAUGAAUCUUUGUACAAACACUUUGAAUUAAUGUUUUUUUUUUAAAUAGUAUGCCCUUCUUUUGAAAUUCCCCCCCAUGGCCAACUUUAGCUAAGUGGUAUUAGCACUAUAGGUCUAUGAUAAAUACUUUUUUAAAGUGGAGGAAGAUCAUGAUUAAUUCUGGUUUGAGAAAGAAAAUUAUAUCUGGAAAUAAAAAAAAUAUUUCAUGGAAAGAACAGAAAGAAGAUGCUCAAAAUUUAGACAGAUCGUGCAUGAUAUCUACGAGAAUUACACUGGUUACUAUUUGUUGCAUUGCCAUUGUUUGCGAGCAACUAUGAUCACGAUUGGCCAUUUCCCUUUAGUGAUUGAUUGCAGUAUUUGGGUGACGGAGACCCGAUCAUGCAAGGCACAUUUUAUUACAUUUAUUUGCCAUCAAUCAUAUUUCCUUCAAAUCUGAUUUCUUUAGACUUAGGGAUUUUGACCAAGUUUGAAUUCCCUUUAUUAUGUUUUAUUGAAUUCAUUUUGUAAUAGUUGGACACCUUUUUCUAUAUUGAGCUUAAUUGAUUCAUUCUAAUAGAUGUCUUAUAUGAUGGUAUUUAUGAUUAUUUUGGAAUUACUCUUCCAAAAUCUGGUCACUCUGAUCAUAAACCAAGGUUUUUACGAUUGAUAUUUAAUGCUUUACUCAUUCCUGCUUGGGAAUAUCAUCAGUGUCAUAUGAUGAAACAA